AUGCCGAGUAUGCUAUGGAUCGAGUUGACGGACAUUGGGUUGAAGGUCGUGAAAGUAGACAAUCCGGUAAAAAGGGAAGAUUUCCGCAUCUGCAGGACCUGCCCGAAAGUCUGGUUACAUUUGAUAAAUUUCGUUCUUGAUGGUGUUGGCCUCUACGCAGAAGAACUGCUUCUGAGUGCUACCGAAUACGCGCGGCAAAGAAGUAGAUUUUGGCUGGGCCUAGGGAACGAUGAUGAGGCUAGGACGAAGACGUUUGACAAGUUGUCGGAGGCGAGGAUGAAGCUUAAUGGAUUAAUACGAGUGCAAUGCAAUCAUGCACAUUUAUAUGAGUAUAGAGUCUACUAUUAG